AUGGGCGGUUUGGAGGGAUUACGAGGGGAUGGGGAGUGGCGGAGCAGGGCGCUGGCGGUACCACGUGACACGAAUGAGCCGCAAUUACGCCAACAGUACGGACCACGAUGCAGCGUGUCUUCCCCCGCGCAGCGCCCCUACGUGGCGGUGCUGAUAGUGCCCACGGGCGUGGGCGCGGAGAUCGGGGGUUUCGCGGGGGACGCGCUGCCGGUGGCGCGCGCGUUCAGCAGCGUGGCGGAGUGUCUGAUCGCGCACCCCAACGUGCUCAACGGCGCCAUGCUCUACUGGCCGCUGCCGCGCGCGCUCUACGUCGAGGGCCACGCGCUCGACCGCUUCGCGCGCGGGGAGUGGGGGCUGCAGCCCGUGCACAGCAACCGCGUGGGGCUGGUGUUCGACCGCGCCAUCGAGGACGACCUCCUCCAGCGCCACCUGCAGGUGCCGCCGCCAUGCCGCCGCCAUGGCACUGGGAUGGGAUGGGAUGGUGCUGCAUGCAGUGGCUCCUGCGACAUUGCCCCUGUGGCGGACGCAGCGAGGGCAACACUGGGGAUUGACAUAGUGGGGUACACCGUCACCGACCGCCCCCUCAAGGUACACCGUCACCGACCGCCCCCUCAAGGUACACCGUCACCGACCGCCCCCUCAAGGUACACCGUCACCGACCGCCCCCUCAAGGUACACCGUCACCGACCGCCCCCUCAAGGCACACCGUCACCGACCGCCCCCUCAAGGCACACCGUCACCGACCGCCCCCUCAAGGUACACCGUCACCGACCGCCCCCUCAAGGUACACCGUCACCGACCGCCCCCUCAAGGUACACCGUCACCGACCGCCCCCUCAAGGUACACCGUCACCGACCGCCCCCUCAAGGCACACCGUCACCGACCGCCCCCUCAAGGCACACCGUCACCGACCGCCCCCUCAAGGUACACCGUCACCGACCGCCCCCUCAAGGCACACCGUCACCGACCGCCCCCUCAAGCAAGCCCAUGUCCCCGUGGGCGUGUGUGGGGGGCGGGCAGCAGGUGCACAAGUGGGUGGACGGCGCCACAGGAGCAGCCACGGGGCGCAUCGACGAGGCGGACUCCCUGCUGCGCGCUGUGCAGACGCUGCUGGAUGCGCCCCUCGCCGCACACCCGCCCUCCCACGCGCACGCCCUCUCACCCGCAGCAGCCCCUGCUACAGGUGGCCGUGGGGUGGACGCGGUGGGCGUGGUGGCGCGCUUCCCUGACGAUGCAGAGGAGGUGCUGCAGCAGUACCGCGAGGGGAGCGGCGUGGACGUGCUGGCGGGCGUGGAGGCCGUCAUCUCCCACCUCGUUGUCCGCCGCUUCCAACUCCCUGCCGCCCACGCCCCCGCCCUCGCCCCCCUGCCCCUCCUCCCCUCCAUCGCCCCGCGCUCUGCCGCUGAAGAGGUGAGCGCUGACCCGUGCUGCUCACUGCCCACUGCAGGUCACUUGCUUCCGGCCCCACCUGAUGCUGCCUCGUCCUCCCCUCCCCCACGCACACGUGCCCCUCAGAUUGGUCACACGUUCCUGCCAUGUGUGCUGGCUGGCCUCUCGCGCGCGCCUCGCUUCGUCACCCGCCACGCCCCUCCCGGCACCGCAGCUGAGCGCAUGGGGGCAGGCGAGGGGCAAGAGGGGCAGGAGGGGGCAGCGAAUGCGAGCAGCAUUCCCACCAUCAUUGGGGGCGCAUGGGACUACAGCGGAGAUGCUGGCAGCAGCAGCAGCGGCACGAGCAUGAGCAUGAGCAUGAGCAUGAGCAUGAGCAGCAGCGGGGGAGGUGGAGGGGUGGUGUGGGCGGAGGACGUGGACUGUGUGGUGCUGCCCGUCGAUGCCUUCGGGGGCCCUGCCGCCCAGGCCCUCGCUCAUCGACCAGGCGGCCCGGUCAGUGCUGCACCCUGCCAUGCUGUGCUGCUGUCAAUGCUCUGGGCUCACAGCAACAGCUGCACUUGCUCUGCUGUAUCUACCUCAAUUCUCAUCGUUGUACCUGCAUUCCCUGCGCCCCUCUUUGCCCAUCCCUCCACGUGCCUGUGGGCGCCCCUUGGUGCAUGGCAGCCGCUGUUCAUAGCGGUGGAGGAGAACACUACCGUCAUGGACGACCCGCCCUCCAAGUUUGCCAUCCCUGCUGUGGUGGUGGGCAACUACUGGGAGGCGCUGGGGGUGAUGGCGGCACACAAGGCAGGAGUGAGCCCGUGGUCGCUGCGCCGCCACGCCAUCUCGCACAUCCCACUCAUUCACCUCGCCCGCUCUUGA